GGGAGCGCGCGGCGCCUCGCCAUGUCGUCCAGUGGCACCCUCAGCAACUACUACGUGGACUCGCUCAUAGGCCAUGAGGGCGACGAGGUGUUCGCCGCGCGCUUCGGGCCACCGGGGCCGGGGACCCAGGGCCGGCCCGCAGGUGUGGCCGAUGGCCCGACCGCCGCCGCCGCCGAGUUCGCCUCGUGUAGUUUUGCCCCCAAAUCGACCGUGUUCUCCGCCUCGUGGUCCGCGGUGGCCGCCCAGCCCCCGGCGGCGGCGGCGAUGAGCGGCCUGUACCACCCGUACGUGUCCCCGCCACCCCUGGCCACCGCCGAGCCGGGCCGCUACGUGCGCUCCUGGAUGGAGCCUCUGCCCGGCUUCCCCGGCGGCGCCGGGGGCGGCGGGGGCGGCGGGGGCGGAGGCCCGGGUCCCGUUGCCAGCCCCGGUGGCCCAGCGAACGGGCGCCACUACGGGAUUAAGCCUGAAACCGGAGCGGCCCCGGCCCCCGCCGCAGCCUCCACCUCCUCCUCCACCUCCUCUUCCUCCUCCUCCAAACGGACUGAGUGCUCCGCGGGCCGCGAGUCCCAGGGGAGCGGCGGCCCAGAAUUCCCGAGCAACUCGUUCCUGCGGGACAAGGCGGCGGCGGCGGCGGGAGGGAACGGGCCCGGGGUGGGAAUCGGGGCCGGGCCUGGGGCGGGAGGCUCGUCCGAGCCCUCAGCUUGCAGCGAUCACCCGAGCCCGGGCUGCCCGCUGAAGGAGGAGGAGAAGCAGCCACCGCAGCCGCCGCAGCAGCAACUUGACCCAAACAACCCCGCAGCGAACUGGAUCCACGCUCGCUCCACCCGGAAAAAGCGCUGUCCCUACACCAAAUACCAGACGCUAGAGCUGGAGAAGGAAUUCCUGUUCAACAUGUACCUCACCCGGGACCGGCGCUACGAGGUGGCCAGGAUUCUGAACCUUACAGAGAGACAAGUCAAAAUCUGGUUCCAGAACCGUAGGAUGAAAAUGAAAAAGAUGAGCAAGGAGAAAUGUCCCAAAGGAGACUGA